GUGCGCAGAGAAGCUGGUUGCAGCUGAUUGAGUUGAAUAGGACUCCUUCUCUGAUUAUGAGGGAAUAGGAGUGCCUCUUUAAUAGCUCUUAGCAACGCCCCUGCUUUGACCCUACUCGACUGUGAGGGAAAUCAAAUCAAUACAACCUCCUCCAAACCACAAUGCUUCCACAGCAGCAGGACCACGACCAGCAGAGCAUCACAGCUGCCUUUGUCUCUUCUUAAAUUUGAUCAAGAUUUCUUCCUUUGAUUUGGAUUCGGGUUUUGGAUAUAGUUAAUUGCUGAAAAAUCUUCACGUGCCUUGCCGAAAGGAUCUUCUAAAUUGUUCUAGAUGGCCAAUAGAGGACCAAGCUAUGGCUUAAGCCGAGAAGUUCAAGAAAAGAUUGAACAGAAAUAUGAUCUAGAACUGGAAAGUCGUUUAGUGGAUUGGAUUAUUAUACAAUGUGGUGAAAAUAUAGAGCACCCCCUUCCUGGAAAACAACAUUUUCAGAAAUGGCUAAUGGACGGAAUACUGCUCUGCAAGUUAAUAAACAAUCUUCAUCCCAAGGGAAAAGAACCUAUUGCAAGGAUCACAGACUCAAAGAUGGCUUUCAAACAAAUGGAACAAAUUUCUCAGUUCUUGAAAGCUGCAGAAAGCUAUGGAGUACGAACAACAGAUAUCUUCCAGACAGUAGAUUUAUGGGAAGGAAAAGACAUGGCUGCUGUGCAAAGGACUCUAAUGGCUUUAGGCAGUGAAGCUGUUACAAGGGAUGAUGGAUGUUACAAAGGGGAUCCCUCCUGGUUUCACAGGAAAGCACAGAAGAACCAGCGAGGAUUUUCUGAAGAGCAGCUUCGCCAAGGACAGAAUGUCAUCGGUCUUCAAAUGGGAAGUAACAAGGGAGCAUCCCAGUCAGGGAUGACAGGAUACGGAAUGCCAAGACAGAUCAUAUAGUUUAAAACCACCUUUAAACUCUCACUUACCCACUUGGUAGCAUGGCUUGACUGAAAAACACAUAGCUAGUUAAUGUUCAUGCUGAGAUCUGCUUCUAGGUUUUCUCUCUAAGAUUAUGUAUGUGUUUGUGUAUGCAAAUGUAUACACGCGCACACAUACACGCAAUCUUUCAUCUGAAAUUGUGGGUCUGUGUGCUUGUUGCGUGUUAGUUCACAUAGCACGCUGACACCAUAUGAUGUUCAUUUUUGAACUAUGCAAAGACUAUUUUUCUGUAUUUAUUUGCAAUUUGUUAUUUUCUGUACCCUUGUCUUAUUGAACUGCCUAUAACUUCUCAGUCCUUUUCUUCUCUACUCUAUCCUACUUUCAUCUUCUAAAAAUAAAAAUAAAAUGGGAUGAAUAACUGCAAA